UAAUUUCACAUGUAGAACACACUACAUUUUUCCCUAAACACAACUCCUGUAGUUUAAAAUUUAGUCAAAAAUGGACUGGAACUAUCACAACAUAAAACUCACUUAUUCCAAGACCACGUUACCAAUUUCAAAAGCAAAACAUGUCUCAAAACUUGGAUCCGGCUCGUUCGGAAGUGUCCUUGGAAUCACAAAAUUUCACCAUCGUCUUGGAGAGACGACCGCUGCUGUAAAACUAAUUCCUGUUUCAAACAUGAGUCGUCUCCAUGGAAAAAGUCCAUGGUUACGUGUUCCACAAGAUGAUAACGAAACUUCUACGUCUUCAAGUUCAUUUUCAGGCUCCCUAAUUUCCCGUGAAGUUGAAAAUUGUUUUAAAAUUGCUCACCCGAAUUCAGUCUUCACGUAUAAAUUUGGCUUCACAUCGUUGCCCAAAGAACUCAUCGAGUUGUACAAUUUGCCAUCGACAGAAAAGGAUCAGAGUUAUCAUGCGGAUGACUACGACUCCUGCGCCUCUGAAACUAGACUGCUUGGAAAAUUUGACUAUUUCGGAAGGAAGCAUGGAUUUGCGGAUGCUCUCUGGAUUCAGAUGGAGCUUUGCGGUCCAACUUUGCGAGAUUGGCUGGAAGACAAUUUUGACGCAAAGGACUUUCGCGUUGCAUUACUUCAGUUGGGAAUUGUGCGCGGAAUUAUCGAGGGAGUGAAAUUUCUUCACCACUUGAACAUUAUUCACAGGGAUAUAAAACCGGAAAAUAUAUUUUUCUCGAACCAUCCCGGAUACGUGCUUCCGGUUAAGAUUGGAGAUCUCGGGCUUUCGAGGAGGGUGGUGGGAGAGGAAAAUUUGGUCUGGGGUGAAAGUGCAGAAAUUUUUUCCGACGAAAGUGCCCAACUCACUGGUAAUGUUGGCACACCAUGCUACAUGGCACCAGAAGUUGGCCAGAGCCAGGCCAACUACAGCCUGCAAGCUGACCUAUUCGCCGUUGGCCUAAUUAUGUGGGAAGUAUUGGAAUUUGAUAAGAUCCGGGGUAAUCGGACAUCAAUGUUUUACGACCUGGUUUACGGUGGAAUUGAAGAUAUCGUUGAUAACCACAGGAUUAUCAAAAAUUCUAAAGAACUGAUCAAAAAUCUAACCAAGAGAGAACCAAUUUUUCGGAUGCAUUCGAUUCUUGACGUCAAAUUAGACGUUCCCACGUCUUCAACCUUUUUCGCCAGAGAUACCGCCGAGUUCGCGAACUGUUUGGAAUUUUGCUCCGACGGAGACACCAUCAAUCUGGGUGUAGGAACCUUUGUCGGAGAAUUUUGCAUAAACCGGAACAAUAUCACGGUUCAAGGAGAUGCGAAAUUUGGCUCAAUAAUUACGAGCAGUUUCUGGGGUUUGUUAAUCCAAGGCGAUAGAAACACCGUGAAGAAUAUAAAAUUUGAUACUUGUGACAUCGAGUGUAUCCGAAUUCAUGGGUCUUACAAUACUGUGAGCAAUAUUGUCAUGGCAGACUCGCUUUACGGCAUUGUGACCUAUGCUGGCCCAAAGUUAGGAUUUUAUGGUUCUUAUAAUAACAUUAGCAACGUGUCCUGCACCGACGUAAAUUAUGGGGUUGCGAUGAUGGGGAGCCAUAACAGGGUGAAAGAUAUUACAAUUAAUCGCUUGAAAAAGGAUAACACACACUUUGAGGGCAUUACGGUCACCUGGAGUGUCGAUAAUCAGGUGACAAAUUAUACUGGGACAGGUUUCCUAUCUGCACAACGCGACAUAGGAAUUAAGGUUCGGGAUGGUUGUGCCACAUUCAGAAAUUGCAACUGUGGCCGAAUAGAAAGUCAUGGGAAUAACGUUACCCUGGAGAAUGUAGUGGCUGAUGGAGAUGUUACCAUUUCUGGAGAAAAUUAUAAUAUUGUGAAUUGCAGGAGUGAUGAGAUUUUAAUUAAGCUUAGGUAAAUUUUGUUACUUUAUAUCGGUGGGAGCAUCACAUCAUUGGUUAUAGCGGAAUGCUAAAAUUCAUAGUAAUUUGACGUAGUAUGAUAAUUUGUAUUCGAGAGAUAGCGAUUAACUUUAUCUUUCU